AUGGAGACAGCAGCAGAGCAGCGUGAGCUGCUGCUGCUGCAGCAGCAAGAUGCUGCUGCUGUGCUGCUUAUACAUACACUCCAUGACCCCCUUUGUGACGUCGAUGGUUCUAUCAGCUGCUUCACUAAACUCAGAGGAAUACCAGACAGACAGCUGCUGGCUAUAGAGGGUCCUGCUGCUGCUGCUGCUGCUCCUGCUGCUCCUGCUGCUGCUGCUGCUGCUGAUGCUGCUGCUGGUCGAGGGUCGAGUUCGGGGCAGCGGGGAGGCACCAGCAGCAGCAGCAACAGCAACAGCAGCAGCAGCAACAAUAGCAGCAAAAUGCAGCAACAGCUGCACCCUAAACUGCAUGCGUUGUUGCACCCCGAUUUCAAUAUCCAAAUUCUCUCUGCUCCUCCUGCUGCUGCUGCUGCUGCUGCUGCUGCUGCUGCUGCUGCUGGCUGCAUACAACAGCAGCAGCAGCAGCAGCAGGAGCAGGAGGCGGUGACGACUGGUGUAGCUGCAUACGAAGAGCGCAUGCAAGCGCAUGCAUCUGCUGCAGCCCCAAAAGCUUUUCUCUUUAGGGGCAUCGACGUGCUGCAUGACCUCCCCAAUGAGCCCGGGCAGCACCUGCUCUUCCGCCUCCUCGCGUCCUGGAUUACUAGCCGCUGCCCGCAGCAGCAGCAGCAGCAGCAGCAGCAGCAGCAGCAGCAGCAGCAGCGGGAGAUGGGGCAGCAGCAGGAGAUGGGGCAGCAGCAGGAGGAACAGCGGGAGCACAUAGGGGAGCUGCAGCAGGAACAGGGGUCAGAGCAGCAGCAGCAGCAGCAGCAGAAACAAUGA